UGGUGUGCUGAUAUGCGUGCACAUCACAUCAGACUGCAUUAAUUCCAAUAUUGAAAUUUAACUAAGUAGAAACACUCUCAAAUGUCUAUAAAGAAGAAACUAAAUGCACAGGACAAAUCAUUGGCGACAGAUGGCUUAUAGUAGUUAAUUGUUAAGGAUUAUUAGUCCACGGAAGCAGGAAUACUGAUAAAAACCCAAGAAAACCAUUUUGGAUGAGGUGAGGCGAUGAAUAGACAGAUCGAAGUGGUUUACAUUUCGGGCACAAGUUUCAUCUCUGUAGUUGUGAUAUUUGAUUCUGCUCUGGCGUUCUCCGUUGCUCCAGUCGCCAUGUUUUUCACUGCAGGCAACCACUCGUCAUUGUUAACCCCACCCAGCACGUUAGCAGCGGAACCACUCGUCAUUGUUGCCGUUGAUGCUCCGUUCGCUGUCCCUCUGAUCCGCGCUCACUCUCUUUGUCAUCGUCAAUGGCAUUUCAUCCCUUCAAAUCUCCCUCUCUCUUCUUCUUCUUUGCCUUCAUUUCAUCUUGGGUUCCUCACAUUUUCAACUUCCACUUGCAGGUUGUUCGUUGCAUUGACUGCUUACCAGCGAACCAUCUGCCCUCGUAUUUGCCGCCGAUUCGCAACCAAAUAUCUUUUGAUCCCCUUUGUUUUUCAACGCUUGUGGUUGUGGUCACUCCUCCCCAUCACCAAAAUCACCACUUCAAACCUGAAAUUUGGAAACUCCAACUACAAAAAUCCGCUUCACACACCACCGAACGAGGAGAGGAUGCAAAGAGGGGUAAGAACUAAGCUUAGAAGAAAAAAACACAAUGGCAGUUUCACCACCUGCGACAACGACCGGUGUCAGGAGUUCGCAGCCGGCGCAUCGCCGGAAAACAGCUCCGGCGCACUCUCCACCUCUCCCCUUUCUCUCAUUCUGCCAUAAGAAAUAGAAAACCAAGAUAAGGUUGAUGAUAAUUGAUUGGAUCUCC